AUGUCGUCUCUUCAAUACGGUGAUGAGUUUGAUGCAUCCAACUCCUUUGUCAAGUUCGUCGAAGCUCCCGGCUUGGUGAAGAUUGGAAAUGCGGACGGAGAGCAAUUUGACACUCAGAUGGUCCUUUGCGAAUCUCAGGUGAUACUUGGAAAGCAUGAUGACGAAGAUACCGAUGGAGAAGAUACCUAUGAGGAGGAUGGUGAUGAAGAAGAUAUUGAUGAGGAAGAUGGCGAUGAUAAUGAGACCUAA